AUGGGUCUUCGACUGAAGACGUACGCUUCGGACGCGUAUGGCGUUUGGGCCUUUGGAGGUUUGCUUCAUCUCAAAGGCGAGGGCAAGAUGUCGUUGGUCGGACGCUCAGAGCGGACCUCGUCCAGUGAGGUCGAUGUGAUCCUCGAUGCAGUGCUCAAGAAUGAGGUUACUAGGUCGGUGCAGAAGACUGGUCGUAGAUGGUCACCAGUGAUGGAGAAAGCGAUUCUGGCACUCAUCUGUACGGUCUGCUUCUUCAUCCGUCUAUUUGCUGUUAUCCGUUACGAAUCCGUCAUUCACGAGUUCGAUCCUUACUUCAAUUACCGUACUACUGAGUACCUUAGCCGUGAAGGGUUUUAUGAGUUUUGGAAUUGGUUCGAUAACGGCAGCUGGUACCCGCUGGGCCGUGUGAUUGGUCAGACACUAUACCCGGGCCUGAUGACCACAUCUGCGGUGUUUCACGGGGUUCUCAACUUUUUCGGUAUAUGCGUGAACGUACGUAACGUGUGCGUGUUCAUGGCUCCUGUUUUCUCGGCAUUCACGGCUAUCGCUGCCUACCUGUUAACCAAGGAGGUCACUGGACGUCCAGAGGCAGGACUAUUCAGCGCCCUGUUCCUGGGUAUCUGUCCGUCGUAUCUGUCCCGUUCCGUGGCGGGAUCGUACGAUAACGAGGCGGUGGCUAUCUUUGCUCUGACUAACACAUUCUACGUUUUUGUGAAAGCUGUCAAUACUGGGAGCAUGCUGUGGUCGAUGUUCGCGGCAGUUGCGUACUUUUAUAUGGUAGCCUCUUGGGGAGGGUAUGUGUUUAUCACCAACACUGUAUCCAUUUACAUCUUCGCACUCUUGGUCCUCGGCAAAUUCAACAAGAGGCAUUAUGUCGCGUACACCGUGUUUUAUAUAAUUGGCACGAUGUUUUGUCUGAACAUUCCCUUCGUGAACUUCCAAGCUGUCACUUCCAGCGAGCACAUGGCCUCCCACGGCAUGUUCCUCAUCAGCUCAGUGUACUGUCCCCCUUGCUACUGCCUUCCCCUAGGCCGUACUGCUACGGCUUUUGGCUUUUUGGGGCUCUUCAUUUACCUAACCUUGACUGGGAGUAAGUCAUUUGUUCUCUACUACUUGAAUUGUACGUGUAUACCCUCAGAGACUGCCUGGUCUGGUAGGAGUAUGACUCUGUUGGAUCCCACAUAUGCGUCGAAGUAUAUUCCUAUUAUAGCCUCAGUAUCGGAACAUCAACCAACGUCCUGGUCAAACUAUAUUAUGGAUCUUCAUUAUUUGCCAUUCUUGGCCCCCAUUGGCAUGUACUACUGCAUGAGACGUUUGUCUGAUGGUUCCCUCUUCCUGGGUGUAUACGGCAUCCUAGCAGUCUACUUCUCGGGUGUCAUGAUCCGUCUCCUACUGGUUCUAGCCCCAGCAGCAUCAUGCCUCGCUGGUGUUGGCGCCUCGGUCGUGGCCUCCUCAGUGAUGCCGUACCUACGUGCAUUCAAUGAUCAUGUCGAUGGUCCGAAGGCUAAGAAAGGAAGCAAGCUACCCUAUAUGCCCCGGUUCUUAGCUCUGGCGAUUUUGGGGGUCCUCGGUUAUCAAUGUACCAACUACAUCAAGCACUGUGUGUUCACCUCCUCCAUGGCCUACAGCUCUCCAAGCAUUGUUAUGUCAUAUCAACUACGUGAUGGUAGUCGUUUGAUCCAGGAUGACUUCAGAGAGGCUUACUAUUGGUUACGCAUGAAUACCCCACAGGACAGCAAGAUCCUUAGUUGGUGGGAUUAUGGAUAUCAGAUUACCGUUAUGGGCAAUCGUACAGUAUUGGUUGACAACAAUACAUGGAACAACACGCAUAUCGCCACUGUUGGCCUGGUAUUGGCCUCGACUGAGGAGAACGCCGUGCCCAUCCUCAGACGUCUUGAUGUGGAUUAUGUCUUGGUGCUCUAUGGUGGAGUUUCCCAAUACUCGGGUGAUGACAUCAACAAGUUCCUUUGGCCGAUUCGCAUCGGUGCCGGGGUCUAUCCCAACCUAAUCCAAGAGUCAGACUUCAUCGGGCCUCAAGGGUACCGGGUAGAUCAAGCAGCAACUCCUAGAAUGAGGAACUCGGUUAUGUACAAGUUGUGUUAUCAUCGUGCUGCUGAGGUCUCGAGGGGUUAUGACUCUGUUAGACAACAACAGAUAGGCGUUCCCAAUGUCAAGCCGAAGUACUUUGACGAGGUCUUCACAUCAGAGAAUUGGAUCGUUCGUAUAUACAAGGUGAAGGAGCCUGCCAAUAGAGGCGCUAAGGCCAAGACAAAGCGCAGUGUUGACCGCAAACAUGAGUCGAGAUUUGCUGACGAUAUGGAUACUCUAUUGUGAAUGAGUACAUCCAAAGAUGUUCUAUGUAGAUGAGUAAUGAACAUAGAACAGCAUAUAGCCUUUAGUUGUUGUGAUCGGCUAUUACUUUUUUCUCGCUGG